AUGCGGUUUAACGUCAACCUCUCCCUGCUCGGGCUCUCCCUGGGGCUCGUGGCGCAGGCCAUGCCCCAGCAGAACCUCGACCUGUCGGGCGAGUUCAGCCCGAUGAUGAAGUCCCAUUCGGCGCGCGGGCUGCCGGCCGCCGGCAAGAAGGGCGUCCUCUUCAUGAACCGCAUCGCGCCCUCGACGUCGGAGCUGUACGUGGCCAACGCCGACGGCACCGACGAGCGCAAGCUGCUGGGCAACAGCUCGGCCUACGACUACCACGCCGCCUUCUCGCCCGACGGCGAAUGGAUCACCUUCACCACCGAGCGCAACGGCGACGGCAACAGCGACAUCUACCGCUGCCGCCCCGACGGCUCCGGCCUGCAAAAGGUCAUCGCCACGCCCUCGCUCGAGGACGCGGCCGCCCUCUCCCCGGACGGCACCAAGCUGGCCUACGUCUCGACCGCCAACGGCUACCGCGCCAACGUCUGGGUGCUCGACCUCGCCACCGGCGCCAGCUACAACCUCACCAACACGCCCGCCGUCGCCGGCGACCCCGCCCUGCCCGACGGCCACUUCCGCCCCGCCUGGUCGCCCGACGGCGAGUGGCUCGCCUUCGCCUCGGACCGCAACACGGCCUGGCGCGGCCACGGCAACGGCACCGGCUGGGAGCACACCCAGGAGCUGUCCGUCUACGUCAUCCGCGCCAACGACACCGCCGGCGACACCUUCCGCCAGCUGGCCACCAAGUCGGGCUACUGCCUGGGCUCGCCCAAGUGGUCGCCCGACGGCACGCGCGUCGUCUACUACGAAGUGACGACCGAGAACACGUGGGGCGCGCACCGCCCCGAGUCGGUCGCCAGUGUCGUGUCGCAGAUCGUGUCGGUCGACUUCGAGACGGGGACGGACCGGCGCGAGCACACGUCGGGCGGGUCGCUGAAGAUGUUCCCGCAGUUUGUCGGCGACGCCGGGGACGUGGCGUUCCUGGUCAAGGGCGGCGACGACGAGGGGCUCAACUACACGGCGUACGGCGACGGGCGUGAGCAAGUCAAGGCGUCGAUCCGGUCCCCGGCGUGGUCGCCCGACGGCAAGACGGUCGUGUACGAGAAGGUGGGGUUCACGGCGCGGCCGAUGGAGAAGAAGCUGUACAGCUGGGACGGCGACUGGGAGUACCGCUUCACCGACGUGUUCCCCGAGCUGUCGCGGCAGGGCAAGAUGGUCAUCACGCAGAAGCAGCUGGGCAACUCGUCGGUGGUGAGCAUGAACCCGGACGGCACCGACGAGUUCGUCGUCUUCGACUCGUACAGCACGGGCGAGCUCAACGCGUCGACGGUCAGCCAGGGCCUCGCGGGCGCGUUCCAGCCCGCGUGGUCGCCCGACGGCGAGUGGGUGGCGUUUGGGCUGGGCCAGUGGUUCCAGGCCCGGGCGACGGGCAAAGGCAAGAUCUACCGCGCCACGGCCAACGGCUCCUACUACGAGGCCCUCACCGACGGCACCGUGCACUCGGGCUUCCCCAGCUACUCGGCCGACGGCCGCUACAUCGUGUUCCGCGAGUGGGGGGUGCGCUACGGCCUGCGCGUCAUCGACCUGGCCGACAAGAGCAUGCGCUUCCUCACCAACGCCACCGACAACCUGCCCGGCUGGUCGCCCGACGGCGACCGCAUCGUCUUCACCCGCAAGACCAGCGCCACCAACUUCGACGUCUGCACCAUCCGCCCCGACGGCACCGGCCUGCAGACGCUGACGUCGAGCGGCGCCAACGACGCCCACGCCGUGUGGUCCGCCGACGGCCGCAUCCUGUAUUCCAGCGGCAUGUACGGCUUCCGUGACGAGGCCGCCAUCUACGACCAGACCUUCCAGCCCUACGGCCAGAUCAUCGCCAUGAACGCCGACGGCUCCAACAAGACCAUGCUCACCGACAGUCUGUGGGAGGAUUCCAUGCCGCUGUACGUGCCCAACGAGUAUCUGGAGUGA